UCACAAUGCUGCUAGAAAUAUUCCGUGCUAUUUUUUAAGCAACAGCACUAUUCGCUUUAUACUGAGUUAUUGCAGUUGCACUCAAAGUCUGGAAGCACUGCAGUAUUUGUGCAUAAAUGCCAGUAAUGCCAGUAUAUGUGCGGACAAAAUUUUUGAGUUUCAGAAAAAUAUGGCCGCUUCCAUGCAGCUCAUGGUCAGCAAAGUCAGAAUAGCUUUAUGAAAAUUUAAGCGCGCCGGGUAUUGCGUCCGUUUUUAUGUUUUUAUACUUGCAAUUUUAUCCAACUGAAAAAGAGCGCUUCAAACGUUUCUAGAUUUGUAUACAAUUAGCUAACGACCUAGGCUGGGUAGCUACGUUUCACUCAGUUACGAUGUAUCACUUAAUAGGACGCCGAUCUACGAUGUCAGAAAAUGACCUUGCCGGAUUAGUUUAGGUAACGUUAACUACCCACCAUGCCAACUAGCUAUUUCAUUACUGAUGAGUAGAGGUGAAAGGAAAAGAUUUUACCCUUUGGUGAACAAGUCUUGUUUGGGGGAAGCGGUAAUCGUGCCUUUUCAGAAAAAUCCACAAGCCAAAGACAACCAACGUUCUGUUGCUGGUGUGUUUGGGAUUAUUGUCCUGUUGCAUGACCCAGUUUUCGGCCAAGCUUUAGCUGUUGGAUAAUUGGACUCACAUUUGACUCAAGAACACUUUGGUAUACAGAAGAGUUUGUGGUUGACUCAGUGACUGCAAGGUGCCCAGGUCAUCACCCCUGCACUACUGUGCUCCACAGUUGGUAUGAGGUUUGCAGAGCGAUUCAGAGCCUGUGGGGUGUUUUUUUUCCCCAGGAUGGGCCCCUCCACCCACCUUCUGCAGCAGAUGACCAUAUUCGUCACUGUGUUUACUGGUGGAGGCUGUGGCAUGAUGUACUACCUCAUGCAAAAAAACUUUGCUAAAUCAGAGUACUAUCGUUUGGCUGUGGAACACCUGAAUACCCACUCCACCGCUAUGGCUAGCCUCGGAGCUCCACCACUGAAGGUUCAUAACAUCCACUUGUCUGAUCGACACAACCAUGUGGACCACACCAGUGCUCAGCUGAAAAUCCCAGUGACUGGAUCAAAGAUGGGGGGUUACCUCUACACAGCCUCCACCAGGGACGCUCUAUUAAACAGGUGGUGCCUGCAGCAGGUGACUUUACAGCUCAAGACUGGCGAGAUCAUUGAGAUUUUCCCCGCAACAGAAUCUUUAUAGCCUUAAUGUGGGGGGUUCGUGAGAAAUGCACUGCACUUCUAAGGACACCACCUUGUGAUUUAUAGUCCACUGGUUUGUGGUGUCCUUCUCUUUUAACAGGAAGUAUAAAUGUAUGAGUUAAAUUAUGCCCCUCAGCAAAAAAAGACACGUUGGUUGGGUGUGGGCUCCGUAUAGAGUGGAAUAUGAGUUUAAUAUCAGCAGCUAAACUAGACUUUCAGCUAAUGUUAAAUGUAUGAUUUAAAAAAAAAAAUGAUGUUUCAUAUAAUGCAUAUGUGUAACUAUAGAAAAACGUGUGGUGAUCUUGUAAAGCCCUAGUCAAAUGAAUGAUUGCUUAAAUUUAAACCAUAAAAAAUAAAAGUAAACAAUGUCAAA